UCAGAUUAUAUGUAACUUUUUUUUUGGAAGAUAUCUGUAAACAUAUUCAAAAUCGUGUCAAACGUGUUUAUUAGGGAGAUAGCUGCAUCAUUGGAAAGACUUUUACUUUAUUCUCUUGUUCUUUUUGAGGAAAUAGUAGAAAUUGAAAGCAUUUGCAGCACUUUCAUUUUUGAGAGGGGAUACCAAACCCUUAACAACAAAUUCACAUUCUCUUUUAGUGGAGAGAAAAUAUUUCCGAAGAUACUUCUGACUAAAGAGUCCCUCCACUUCCCCACCUCCAUGGCUUCCACUUUGCCCGGAAACAGACUGCCGACAAGUGUCCCCCCCAAGAGGAUACAGUGCCCCGGCUGUCUCCAGCCAGACGGCCGUGUGGUGGACGGCCACCGCACUGUGUGCCCCCACUGCUCCACGUCCCGGCGCCGGGUCUACCAGUUCUGCUGGGCUUGCCGACGCGAGUGGCCCACGACGGGCUCCCAGCUCCAGGGGCACGCCUGCACCCUCCCCAACUGUGCCCUGCGUGCCGCCCUGCUCUCGGAGGAGCGGAUCGCCGACCCCAAAAACGCCGGUCUCCACUGCCCCUUCUUCAGGGCGUGCCCCAACUGUAAGGAGCUGGUCACCCACAGUGGCUCGGGCUGCAAGUGUAUCACCUGCACCAAGUGUGCUACAAGAUUCUGCUUCCGCUGCCUCCGCAAACCGUAUUGCCCACAGACCGUAGCCUGUGUCAUUGUGGAUAACAGUGCAGCACUCCAAAGCCUGUAGCUUUGAGGAUGGUGAUUUUUCGCCCUUCACAUAUAGUGUAGGUUAAUUCAAUAAUUUAGCUUCAAAACUCACUAAAUACCAUUCUCUUCCUGGUCUGAAAGAUUGAUUUGUAGGCGAAACCCUAUAGGAGCCUGAUACAAAAUGCUCAUUUUAAAGAAAAGUGGUCAGACGGAUUUAGAGGCUUUUGCAUCUGAACCCUUAGUUGCCGUCAAAUCAUUAUUGUAUAUUGAGAUUGUGAUUUCAAAGCAUUUUGAUCAACCAACAAUUUUGAUAAUCGUCUUUAUGGACAGAUGAUUUUCCACAUGACGCUGCCUGUCAUCAACAGCAUCCACUAAAUAGCAUUCUGCAUCAUCACCUAUACUUGGUAAAUAUCAUCACCCACACCCAGUUUUCAAAAUGCCUCGGUAAUCUGAAAUUAUGUCUGUGACAGUCAACUCAUUAUUCAGCCUGAUGUUUACGCGUAGCGUAGCUGACUGGAACAGAUAAUGCGUUCAUUGACUAGAGGUGUGUGUACCACUGUACUGUUUACUUCUUACAUCUUCAGAACUCUCUUCAAACGUUUUGUGUUAAUACAUUUGAGGUGAGAUAUCAAUUAAUAUAUAAAUCGAUGGGAUAAUAGAGAUGCAAAAAGGGGAUUGACUUUGCAACUGCUCCACUUAAGGGGCAGCACCAAAACAAUUGUUACAUUAAUGGAAAGUAGUUUUUUAAAUGCCAUAGGAACAAUGAUAAAGUUAUCAAGAAGUUACAGUUGUUUAAAUGAAAUAUACCAAAUUUGUGGGUACAGUCCACUUCUUUUAACAUAAACAACUGGUAAAAUUGUCCUUCAAAAUGGCUUGGAUACUUUUCACUUUUAUAGCCUACUUUUCAGAGUCUGUACUUUGUGACUUUUACUUGAAUAAAGAAGUUGAAUCAC